AUGUCGUCCAAGGCGCCCAAGAUACCCCCCUCACACACGGCCAUCAUCCAGCAUGAAGGCGGAACCACCAAGAUCACCACGGGCCUGCCACUUCCGGUGCUGGCCCCUGGGCAGGUCCUCGUCAAGACCGCAGCAGUCGCCCUGAAUCCGUGCGACUUCAAGAUGCCGCAAAGGUUCCAGAGCCCUGGCACCUACGCCGGAUGCGACUUCGCCGGAACGGUCGUGGCCCUGAGCGACGAGGUGGCCGCCAACGGGCUGCUCAAGAUGGGCGACCGCGUAUUCGCCGCCGUGAUUGGCAACAAUCCCCACGACAAGGACUCCGGGGCCUAUGGGGAAUAUCUCAAGGCGACUGCUGUGUUCUCCUGGAAAAUCCCGGACUGGAUGUCCUUCGAAGAGGCAGCGGGUCUGAGCGGCACCUGCAUUGCGACCGCAUGCAUGUCUCUAUUCCGGUCUCUGCAGCUUCCUGGGACUUUCGAAGAGCCUGCGGCGAAACCGCUAGACGUCCUGAUCUGGGGUGGUGCCACGUCGGUCGGGACCAUGAUGAUUCAGAUGGCGAAGCUUAUGGGGCACCGAGUCAUCUCAACCUCGUCGCCGAAGAAUUUCGACCUUGUCAGGUCAUACGGGGCAGACGCCGUCUUCGACUACCACUCGCCUACGUGCGCUGCCGACAUCAAACAAGCCACACGAAACAACCUGCGAUUCGUUGUGGACCCGUUCUCCCAGGUGAGGACGAUGGCCCUCUGCGAUGAGUCCAUGGGCCGGGCUGGAGGGCGAUACGUGGCUUUGGAAUCGUAUCAGGAGAGUUCGGACCGCAAGUCCAAGCUGAUCAAGAGAGAACUCAUCAUGGGGCAGGCGAUUACUGGAAGGGCGAUCAAGCUGACAGAUGGCUAUGGGAAACCAGAUGACCCCGAACUGGGCGUCUGGGGAAUUGAGUGCUACAAAAGCAUCCAGCGGCUGGUCAACGAGCGCAAGCUAAGGCCGCACCCUCUCAAGAUCCUAGAUGGGGGGUUUGAGGAUGUUCUGAAUGGCCUGGAAAUGCUGAAGAGAAAGGAAUUAUCGGUGUGCUGGGGGGCCACUGUUGGCCAAGUCGUCGUCAUUGCUAUCAUCACCGCCGCCACAGCCCAGGAUGCGCACAUGAUUUUGGCAGCGAAUGCGGUGCUCGAAAGCCUCAGAAACUAA